GUGGCGCCAUGGCGACGCAAACGGAAUGUCUUGUCCCUGCGCAGCCGCAAUGGCAGGACAUGCCAGCGGGCGAGAAGCCUUCCUUCCAGAAGUACCGCCUUGAGAUGUUCGAGAAGAUCAAGGCCAAGCGUGAGGCUGAGAAGGGAAAUCUUCCCAACGACCCCAUCAAGGUCACCCUGCCUGACGGGAAUGUCAAGGAGGGGGUCAAGAACAAGACCACCCCCUUCGAUAUCGCCAUGGAGAUCUCCAAGGGCCUUGCGAACAAUGCCGUCGUUGCGAAGGUCAAUGGCAAGACCUGGGAUCUUCAUCGCCCCUUGGAAGGCGACGCUGAGCUCGAGCUCUGCAAGUUCGACAGUCCUGAGGGACGAGAGACCUUCUGGCACUCCAGCGCUCACGUCCUCGGCCUUGCUCUUGAAAACAGGUUCGGCGCACACCUGUGUGUCGGGCCCGCCAUUGAUGAUGGCUUCUACUACGACGUGUACGCGGGCGGGAACACCAUCUCUCCCAGUGACAAGGAGGACAUCGAGAAGUAUGUAGAUGAGGUGGUGAAGGGCAAGCAUCCCUUUGAAAGAGUCGAGAUGUCCAAGGACGAAGCACUGGAGAUGUUCAAGUACAAUGACUUCAAGAUCGACGUGCUCAAGAGAAAAGUUCCUGAUGGCGCCAUGUGCACUGCUUACCGCUGUGGUGACUUGAUUGAUCUCUGCCGUGGUCCACAUCUUCCGGAUACUGGAAGAGUGAAGGCUUUUGCUGUGAUGAAGAACUCUUCCGCUUACUGGCAAGGACAAGCAAGCAACCACACGCUUCAGCGUGUUUACGGUGUGUCAUUUCCAGACAGCAAAGAGCUGAAGCAGCACUUGUUCCGACUGGAGGAGGCAAAGAAGCGAGAUCACCGCAAUGUGGGUCCCCACCAGGAGUUGUUCUUCUUUCACGAGCUCAGCCCUGGAAGCGCUUUCUGGCUUCCGCAUGGAGCAAGGAUCUACAACAAAUUGGUUGACUUCAUUCGGUCGGAAUACUUCAAGCGUGGCUACCAAGAAGUCAUCACCCCGAAUGUUUACAACUUGAAGCUGUGGGAGAUCUCGGGCCAUGCGGCACAUUACAAGGAGAACAUGUUCAUCUUCAAUGUCGAGGGCCAGGAGUUCGGCAUGAAGCCGAUGAACUGCCCUGGCCAUUGCCUCAUGUUUUCCAUGCGUCAACGAUCGUUCCGUGAGCUGCCAUGGCGUGUUGCCGAUUUUGGAGUGCUUCACCGCAAUGAGCUCAGCGGUGCACUCUCUGGAUUGACUCGCGUGCGUCGUUUUCAGCAGGAUGAUGCGCACAUCUUCUGCAAACCUGAGGAUGUUCAGGGUGAGAUUGAGGACAUGCUCAAGUUUAUCGACUUCGUGUAUGGCAAGUUCGGACUGCAGUAUGAGAUGUUCUUGUCUACAAGGCCGCAGAAGUUCAUCGGAGAGGUCGCUAUGUGGGAUGAGGCAGAGAAGCAGCUUGCCGCUGCUUUGAACAACACCGGCAAGGCAUGGAAGGAGAACCCAGAGGAUGGAGCCUUCUACGGUCCCAAGAUUGACAUCAACGUGUUUGACGCUCUGGGCCGCAAGCAUCAGUGCGCGACUAUCCAGCUCGACUUCCAGCUGCCCAUCCGAUUCGGCUUGAAGUAUGUGACGUCUGCUGGUGCCGACGGAGGAGACAAGGAGGAGAGGCCCAUCAUCGUUCACAGGGCAAUCCUGGGAUCGGUGGAGAGGUUCACUGCUAUCCUCAUCGAGCACUUGGCUGGAAAGUGGCCUUUUUGGCUCUCUCCCCGCCAGGUUGCGAUCGUUCCUGUCUCCCAGGAUCACUUCGCGUACGCCUACGAAGUGCAGCAAGUGUUGAUGAAGGAGGGCUACUACGUCGACGUGGAUGAUUCCUCCAAGACGUUGCAGAAGAAGAUCCGCGAGAACCAGCUCGCUCAGUACAACUACAUCCUCGUCGUCGGCAAGGAGGAGAUCGAGUCCAAGACGGUCAACGUUCGUACCCGAGAUAACGUUGUGCACGGUACCAAGAGUAUCCCGCAGCUGCUGGCCGAGCUCCGACAGAAUGUCGUGGAAUUCAAGUGAAGGGGUGGGGAUGUUGACGAGUCUCCUCUUGCCUCCACCGCCGAAUGUUGAUAAACGGGGCUCGAGGGUCGAACUUUC